CUGAUUGUUUGCGGAACGAGACGGAAAACCUACUUUGAAUUCUUGACAUACACAGAGAGAGAGCUACAGUCCAGCCUUCGAACCCAACGCCACUCAGCUUCUUUCUAAAACACCCUGUUUAUAUUCUCUAGCACAUGAUCGAGCUGGCAUCUCCACCACACAGAGACUAGGUGAAAAGAUCAAAAAAUCCGUAUAAAAAAAAAUUCAGUCAAAACCCGCUAAAGUUAUUGGCUUUUGUCCCUAACGAUGUUUUCGAGCAUACCCAGGACCAAACUAGGCUCAAGUCCUCUUCGUUGAAAAAUCAACCGAACCCGGAUCACAUCUUUGGGUUAAUCACUGAUUAAGAAUUUCCGAAGCACCCCAAAAGUCAAUAUUCUUAUUUUGCGUAUUUAAUCUUGAUAAGGAUUACCAAGAAAGAGGUUUGGGAGAUAACUUUAUAGUUUUCGAUUUGGGUUUGUUUUGUUUCCUGCAAGACAUGAAUUUUAGGAACUUAGACGAGUUCUGGGCCUUCUAUGUAAAUCAGCACUCAAAACCAUCCACGAGGCGUUGGCAUUUUGCGAGCACCCUUAUUGGUAUAUUCUUCUUGCUUUGCUCAGUGGUCUUUAGCUGGUGGCUCUUGUUCUUUGUUCCAUUCUUCGGGUAUGGAUUGGCGUGGUACAGUCAUUUCUUCAUCGAAGGGAAUAUCCCGACAACGUUCGGGCAUCCAGUUUGGUCCCUAGUAUGUGAUUUGAAGAUGUUUGGAUUGAUGCUUAUUGGGAAAAUGGAUAAGGAGAUCAAGAGGCUUGGGAAGAGGCCUGUGUUGCAGCCUUUUUGAUUGUAAAUUCUUCAAAUAUCGUUCAAUUACAUGCUAUUAUUCGAAAGCAAAAUCAGUUCCUCUUCCUGAAACUCUUAGCUGUUAUUGGUUUCUCUUUCAAUCCUUUUUUUUUUUUUUUUUCAUGUACGUAAUUGUUAAUUUAAGUACAUAUAUUAUUGGAUACAACAUUGCAUCGAGAAUUUCUGUUAAUA